AUGCAAGCAGCCACCCCCAUGAAAAGUAUUAAAUGGCUUACCAAAAGACAGUACCCACCGUACAUCUAUCUCUUCCGUCAUUUAGAAAGAGGUCAGGUAGUAUAUAGUCAAACUCCGUUCCCAACAAAACAGGAUAUAGAAAACCUAUGGCCUCGCCCAAACCAAAAUAACAAAAAACCUAUAUAUGGUACCCGUAGAGAUCUAUGGAAAUUGAUGUGCCUUGUUAAACUACCUAAACCUGAGUGGAGUCUACAACUAUAUAGAGACUUGGUUCAUUUAAGACAUUUAAGAGACAUUAAAGGGAUAAACACUUACAGAGAACUGAAUUCCUUCAAACAAAUCUGGUAUAGUGGACAGUUUAGACCUGUAUAUGGACAAGAAGCUAUUGCUGAUUUAAGAGAAUGUCUUUUAAAGGGUCCUGUUGGUAACUCCGACACUACUGAGCACAACAACAACAACAACAACACUAACCUAGUUACUAUCUAUUGGGAAGAUUUGUGGAGAAUGGGGGAUAAAGAGAAAUAUUGGACCAAUAUUCUUCCACAGGUUGAACAUAAACAAAUCCCAAGAAUUGGCAACACAUCUCGUGAAGAGAGUGGGCUACUUAAACUAUUAAACAGAGAUCAAAUUAGCAAUAGUGAAAUUAAUGAGAAUAUAAACAACACUACAUCCUAA